AUGGCAACAAAUCAAAGCCCCAUAGGUAAAACUGGUAGCUCUUCAUCGAUCGACUCAGUGAGGAAGGAAGAGCAUAAGAGUUGCUUUUGUGGAAGAAGAGCUCGAGUUUUUACUUCUUGGACAUUGAAAAAUCCGGGAAGACGGUUCUACACUUGUGCCACUCCAAAGGAGAACAAUGGAUGCCACUAUUUCGAGUGGUUUGCAGAAGAGUUUUGCCCCAGAUCUUUGGAUGUCAUUACUCACUUGAAUCAUAGGAGAAUUUAUCUUGAAGAGAAGCUUAAAGUUGUUGAAGAAGAUCUUGCUGAAAGCAUGGAGAAGAAGAAGCUUCUAAAGGUUGAGAGGAAUUUGUUGAUCGAAGCAAGGAUGAAAUUGGAAGCUGAGAAAAAUAGGAUGAAAAAGCAGAUGAAAUUGUGUGUGGUUGUUGUAUUGAUUGUAGUGUUGAUUGUUUCUAAGUAG